AUGGGUGGGCGACCCUCAAGCCCCCUGGACAAGCGGCAGCAGCAGCACCUUAAGGAUCAGGUAGACGCUCUGCUGAAGAACUUCCUGCCGUCCUACCGCAGGCAGCUGGCUGCUUCAGUCCUGCGACAGAUCUCCAGGGAACUGGGCCCCCAGGAGCCGGCAGGGUGUCAGUUGAUGCGCAGUAAGAAGCUGCCCCGCGUUCGCGAGCACCGAGGCCCCCUGACCCAGCUUCGGGGCCACCCGCCUCGGUGGCAGCCGACCUUCUGCGUCCUGCGAGGGGAUGGCCGCCUAGAGUGGUUCAACCGCAGGGAGGAAUAUGAAAAUGGGGGCAAGCCCCUUGGCUCCACGACCCUGACCGGGUACGUAGUGCUGACCUCACAGCAGGAAUAUCUCCGCCUGUUGGACACUCUCUGCCCAGACUCCUCAGAAGGUCAUGCACAGGAAGAACCUGACCCUCUCCAGGAUAUGCCCGAGAGUUUCCCUCUCUUCCUGCAGCACCCCUAUCGCCGGCAUCUUUGCUUCUCCACAGCCACUGCGGAGAUGCAGAGAGCCUGGAAACUGGCCCUCCAGGGUGGCAUCCGGCUCCGGGGCACUGUCCUUCAGCGUAGUUCGGCCCCUGCUGCCCGGGCCUUCUUGGACGCCGUCCGGAUGUACCGACAACACCAAGGCCACUUUGGCGACGACGACGUGACCCUGGGCUCGGACGCAGAGGUGCUGACCGCGGUGCUGAUGCAAGAACUGCUGCCAGCGCUGUGUUCCCAGACCGCGCCCAGCCUGCGGGGUACUGGCCGUGCCCGCGCCUGGGUCUGGACCGAGCUUCUGGAUGCCGUCCACGCCGCCGUCUUGGCCGGGGUCUCGGCGGAACUCCGUGCCUUCCAGCCCGAAAAGGACAAGCUGCUGGCUACCCUGGAAAGGACCAUCCGCCCAGACGUAGACCAGACACUGCGACUACGGGCGCAGGUGGCUGGGAAGAUGCGGGCCAAGAUCCAGGGCCCCCUCGAGUCGUGCCUGCGCCGGGAGGUGGGAGCGCAGCUGGCCUGGGUCACUCAGUCGCUGCAGAGCACCGUGGGGGCCACACUGGCGGCGGUGAGGACUCUUCUUGCUCAGAGCAUCGACCGCCUCUUUCGCCACCUGCGUGGGAACCCCUCUGGCGCGCGGCUGCGCAGGGAGGUCUACUCGUUUGGGGAGAUGCCGUGGGACCUGGAGCUGAUGCAGAUGUGUUAUCGAGAGGCUGAGCAGAACAAGGAGCGCUUGGGUCAGCUGGUCAAACCCUUUGGCUUCCUCGGGACACAAAGCCUAGUGUUUCGAGUCCAAGAUCUUGCUCAGCAGCUUAUGGCGGAUGCCACAGCCACCUUCCUACAGCUGGCUGACCAGUGUCUGACGGUGGCCUUGGACUGCCAGCAGGCUGUCCAGCAGUUGGAGAAAGUCAAGGGACGAGUACUGAAGAAGUUCCAGUAUGAUGGCGACGCGAUGCAGAGGCGAUUCAUCCGAGAGUGCCUGGUGCGUGUCUUCCUGCCUUUCGUCCUGGGUCAGCUGGAACCACGCUGCAAACGGGAGCUGCCUGAGGACCAGGGGGACAUCCUUGUUGGGUGUGGCCAGGCCCUGACUGUCGAUGGCAUCUAUGAGGAUGUUGUUCAAGGGGUCUUGCUGCAAAGAAUUGACCAAGAAUUGAAAAAGGUCCUCGGUGCAAGUGAUGUGCCCUGCGCUCCGGAUGGCUUCUUCGAUGCCCCAUGGGAACAGGAGGGAUCAGUGCUGUUAUAUCUGAAAUACCAAACAUGGGUGGCUUUUAAGAACAGAAAUUUAUUGUGCUUGUCUUCGCCUAUGAGGAACACUGAGGCUAAGAGAGGAAGGGGAGCUUGCCCCAGGCUGCCAAGAUCCAGCACCAGGGUUCAGCCACUCUGUCUUCUGAGAGAACAUUCCAGAGCUGAAUCUUCAUCCACAUCCACUCCCAUUUCCAGCUGA